GUGAAGGCCGUUAAAAUCGUUCGUUCACUUGCAAGUGCUUAUUGCAGAACUCAUGUCGCCACCUGUGCUCCGCCUUAUCUGUAGCGCCUCCAUGUCCACCGUCGCGGGUCUCCCGUCAAUCUCUCCCCUUUCAAAUCAUAACGUCACCGUCAACCCCAACCAAGAGAUUCGACAGAAACUGCAACGUCAUCUUCAAAAUCAACUCCAAUUCUCUCGUAGAGACGUUGAUUUUAUCUCCUUAGUCUCUCUCUUUCCUUCCCUCUUCCAACCAUCUGAAGCUUCUGCUUUCUCCAUUGGAAUUUCAGGACCAAAGGAUUGGCUUAAAGAGCAAAAGAGGAAGUCUUCGAAGUUUCUAUUGGCUCCAAUCGAUGCUUCUCGAGAAAGCCUUCGCUCUGCUUAUCUUUUGCUCAUAGACAAUGAAUCAACUAAUUCGAGUAAGGAUUUAGAGGAAGUUCAAAAGCUCUUGAAAUCUGCCGCCAGGGAUUGUGUUGUACAAGAAAGGAAUUCCUUCGUUGCAUUUCAAGCCAACACCGGAGUCGAGGUUUGCACAUUCCGUUUGAUUGUGAAGAAUGCUUCUUCUUUGCUUGAGAAGAAGAAUCCUGUUAAGCUGGAAGCCGAAGCUAUGCUAGAUGAGCUUAUAAGCUCAUUUACCUCACUUAAUAGUUUGGCAAACGAAAGUGAUAUCCAAGUUGCUUCCAAUAGACAAAGGGUUGCAGAUGCACUCAAGAGUACCUUAACUUCUCUCGACAAAUUUGAGCAGGGGGUGAAGGACUGCCUCGUAGUAUGACAAUGGGGGCUCCCCUUAGUAACCGUAGAUUUAUGGCAUCAUGGUAUGCUCGGAGAUUUUGCAGAAGCUUUCGUACUUCGGAACUGGUGAAGAAUGGAAAACUGUAAAAAAAUCCAUAUGUAAAUUUUGUUCAAAUUUCUCAUGUGUUUGUUUCGUUGUUCCAGCAUUU